GCUGAUUUUAGUGAAAUUUUUGGUGACGAGAGAUCCCGCCUUUGUAUUCCAAUUUUUGGCACCAGAAAUUUUGAAAUCCCCAAAUUUGGUUUUUGUUUCUCCUCUUAAUCGUUAGUUUUCUUGAUUUAGGGUUUUCGAGUUUCUCGCGAAAACUUGUGAGAUCUGUGGAGGUUUUCAUGGCGACCGAAACCCUAGAAGAGAAGAGAUCGGAAGUGGAAUCACCGGCGAAGGAGGAAGUUGGUGUUGGUGAUGCCCCGAAGGAGAAGGAGAUAGAGAAAGAAGAAACGGAUUCGCCCAUAAAUGACGGUGGGGAGAAGAAGAAAGAGGUAGAAGAGGAUGAAGCGAAAGAUGGAGAAUUGGAGGAGAAAGAUGAAGACGAGGGUAAAGAAAGUGCAGAAGAAAAAGAGAACGAGGAGAAAGAUGAAGAAGAGGGUAAAGAAAGUGCCGAGGAAAAGGAAGAAGAAGAAGGAAUUGGCAGUAAGAAAUCGUCGGAGAAGGAGACUCCGACUAGUGAUAGGCCUACGAGGGAGAGAAAGAAGGUUGAGCGAUUCUCGUUGUCUACUCCUAUGCGGUCUACACCGAGCAAGUCCGUUUCAAUUGAAAAGGGUAGUGGAACACCGCUCAGGGAAAUUCCAAAUGUGGCUUAUAAACUAUCCAAGAGAAAAGCUGACGACAACCUGAUGUUACUACACACCAUUCUUUACGGGAAGAAAGCAAAGGGACAGAUGGUUAAGAAAAACAUUGGUCAAUUUUCUGGCUUUGUAUGGUCAGAGAAAGAGGAGGAGAAGCAAAGAGGACGAGCAAAGGAGAAGCUUGACAAAUGCACAAAAGAAAAAUUAAUCUUUUUUUGUGAUGUGCUUGAUAUACCUAUAAACAGAAGUAACAUUAAAAAAGAAGAACUAGCUGUCAAAGUGCUUGAAUUUCUGGAAUCUCCCAAGGCAUCAAGAGAUGUUAUACUUGCUGAUCGAGAAAAGCAAGCCAAGAAGCGCAAGAGCACACAAAAAAGGGGGAAAUCUGGAGAAUCAUCAGACACCCCAGCCAAGAGGAAAAGGCAAACAAAAAAGCGAGAUCAUCCAUCCGAAACAGAAGAAGGCAAGGAUGAGGGAGCUUCUGAUUCUGAAGGCAAUAAAGAUACUGAUGAUGAAGAUGAUGCUGCAGCAGAAGAAGAAACUGACCAUGAGGAGACUGAAUCUGAAGAUGAGAAAGACAAAGCUGAAGAUGAAAAGCCAUUUGAUAAGAGAAGCUCAUCGAAAAAGACUGAAGAGGAGAGCUCAGGGACCAAAGGUAAGGAACAAGCUUCUGCCAAAGGUUCUAAAAAAUCUGGUGAAAACUCCUCCAAAAAAGGUGCUAAGUCAACUUCAUCCUCAAACAAGAAGCAAAAAGUUGACCACGAGGAGUCUUCUAAAGAGAAAAGCAAGAAACAGUCAAGUAAGCCACGGGCUAAGGGAUCUAAAGAGAAAGGAAAUGCCACUAAGAAAGGCAAAGCUGAGCCCACCAAAGAACAGAUGCUUGCAGUGGUUUCCAAAAUUCUGAAGGAAGUAGACUUCAAUACGGCAACACUAUCAGAUAUUCUGCAGAAGCUAAGCGACCAUUUCGGUGUUGAUCUCUCGCAUAGAAAACCAGAGGUGAAAGAAGUUAUCACAGAUGCUAUAAAUGAUAUGACUGAUGAAGAAGAAGACGAAGAGGAAAAAUCUGAGGCUGGAAGUGACAAGGAGAAGGAAGAAGAAAAAGACAAAGAAGAAGAUGAUGAAGAGGAACAAGCUGAGGCUGAAAGUGACAAAGUGAAGGAAGAAGAAAAAGUAAAAGAAGAAGAAGAGGGAAAGCAAAAGGAUUAAGGUAAGUGAUUUGUCUUCUCUCGAGAUCUGAUGUGAAGAGAAGCAAAAGUGAUCAACACCUGUGUUGAAUAAGAGCAAGUGAUAAUUAGAGGAUGUUGAAUCUAUACUGUGUGAUCUCUAUAGUUUCAUCAUGUAUGUGUAGCUGUUACCUGUUAGGUUUUCUAGUCCUUGUUCUAUUUGAUACCCUGAACCUGAUAGCUGAGUUCAAUUUAAGACAUCUUCGUAAUCCAGGAUAUUAAUAUGAUUCUGUUU